AAUCACUCGUAGAUUUCACCCUUUCGGUGGGGUAUCCAAUAUCAAACCGUAUCCCGGAAGACCUCAAGAAAUCUUUGGGGAGAGGAGUGACGGUAUUCAGUUCUGGCAAGUCGAGUGAUUAUUUUAACUAAGAAUCAUGGCUUUUCAUGCUUUUUAGCAUUUCCAAUUUUCAUGUACAAAUGGACUAACCAUAGGCACAUCAUGGCUACUUCAACUUUUAUAUAUAUAGAAGUUGAAGGCUCCCCUGGAGACUCGCUGGGAACCUUUGAGUUUCUUGAUGUACACUUUAUGAUAUCUAUCAUUCAUAGUUCAUACAAAGAACAAUUUUAAUGGUUUUGUGAUGUUACAAGUUAUCCCGCUAUAAACUGCUAUUUAUGUUCUAGAAACUGUGCGUUUUAAUUGCAGAAUCGCCGUCAACCUGUCCAAGCCUGGUUGGCAUCUUAACACACUUCCUAGGCAGGCAUGGCCAAAGUAGUUGAUGAUGAAUAUUGGAAGCGGCUUUGGGUGGAAGACAAUAUCGGGUUUCACCGAUCAGAAGUCCAUCCAGGUCUCUUGAAGUACAUUGCUGAAAUGACAGCAGGGCAGGAGAAAUGCAAGAUUUUUGUUCCGCUGUGCGGAAAGUCAGAAGACCUGAAAUGGUUGGCAGAUCGAGGUCACACAGUGGUGGGAGUUGAGCUAGCAACCUUGGCCAUUGAAGCAUUCUUCAAGGAGAACGAAUUAGACUUCACCACCAGUCACGUAGAAGGAUUAAGCGAUGCUGAUUUGUACAAGAGUCAGGAUGACAGCAUUUUCAUUUAUAAAGCAGAUAUCUUUGACCUGAACAAAGAUAUCAUGGGAGAGUUUGACUGCAUAUGGGACCGCGCUUCACUGGUUGCCUUGCCUCGCCAAGACAUUCAGAGAUACGCUGACCUGAUGAGGUCAAUACUGAAAUCGAAGGGCAGGUGUCUCCUUGAAACUGUGGAAUAUGAUCAGAGCAAAAUGAAUGGUCCCCCGUUUUCAACUGCAGUCCAAACAGUGGAACAGCUUUAUGCACCUUUUGAAAUUACGUCAGUGUACGGAAAAGCCAGCUAUGGGCAUGACGAUUGCCCGAGCAUGAGAUUUCAUUGGAAAUCACACUUGUUGCUUACGCUUCCCACAGCAUCAGAUUGGGACAUCAAACCUCUGGAAAUGUCGGACUGGACAAACGAUAUGUGGCGAAGGGCAGGCUUAGAUGUCAUUUCAGGAAGAAUAGCCUUGCUAACCAGGAAGCGAUGAGCUCCAACAUUCAUAUAGCAUGUGAAACUGGUUUAUAUAUAACGCACAUCACGACACAUACUGAAUUGCACAUGUAUAAAUAUUCAUGUAGUAUAGCAUCAUAAUGAAUAACAGUUCAUAUGUAACUA